AUGGCUUCCUCCCUGCUGGCUCCAGAGGACAUCACGCUUCCUCCCAGCCCCCCUGAAUACGCAGACGAAUAUGCAAAGGAACCCUCGACGACAAACGGAAAUUGCACGCCUCCUUCAACAAAAGGUGCAACAACAGACACACCCUCCUUGAAUGAUGGCACUACUCCUACGAUAGUAGAUUCAACAGACUUAUCAAUUCUCCCACCCCUUCCUCCAACCCUGAAUAUUUUCCCGAAGCAGUAUUCUUCCCUUGGUGGAAUACACCUUCGCUCACGUUCUCUCGCGAGCUCCCCAAGUGCUCCAUGCAUGGCUCGUGCACACUCCUCGCCGGGUCCUGAUUCUCGUGGGCGAUACGGCUUCAGCGGCGGGAGUCCAGGACGCCCUUCGAGUCCUCAAGACUCGUUCGUACGACGGCAAAGUUUCCUUCGCCUGUCAGUCGAAGAGAGUUUCCAUCCAACCAUUGGCACACUGAACGUAUCAGAAACGAUAGCAGAGCAUCCGGAGCUCCAAACUACUCCUCGAUCAACGAGGAUUCAAUUGAAUGUGCCGCCAGCCUCGCCAUUGUCUCCCGGGAUUCAUAACACUCUUCCCCGCAGUGGUCGACGACGACCUUCCUCACCCCUCCAUCCCGGCAGCGUUCAACGAGUCAUACCCCUUCUGACCUUCUCCUCUACCUCCUCAUUGUCGUCUACACCAUCAACCAUUCGCUCGAGAAGUCCCAGCAUAUCCUCCCUCGAAAACAUCCCGGAUGCCCCUGAUGCGGAAGUUGCGGCCAUCGAAGCCGAUCGGAUCGCGAAAUUGAAAGCUGCUGCCGAUAAAGCCGCUGCAGCCGCUGCCAACAACAAAGAUUUCAAUCGGAGACGGAGCGCAAUCGAAGUUUCCGGCCCAUCUAGUCCGGUGGGUAACCCGCGAUUCGGGUUAGGUUCUUUUGGUGGUGGUAGAGCAGAUAAGAGAAAGCGCUGGAGCGUCUGCGGUGCGGAAGGAAGGCAAGAUCUGGAUCUUGAAACUAUCUGGGAAGAUUGA